CCGGUAGAUCGCGGCACGUGCCCGGUACAGUCGUACCGGUAGAUCGCGGCACGUGCCCCUUCCGCCACGCGGGUCUUAAAUUAAUUUGUCGAGAUCAAAAAUUUGUCUUCACUUUUCCUAAGCAAUGACUAACAAUGCCAAGCCACAGCUUCGUUCCACAUAGUCGCUGCAAUCAAGUUCGCCAGAAUUGCAGGACUGUUUCUUCCAUAGUACCGAGUCCACAGAUUUUCCUCUUGGCUGCUCGGACGGCGUCUUUGCUGUAUCCUCCAAUCCUCCGCCCUGGCAUUACACGCAUACCCACGGCAUUGAUUCCGUCAAGUCGCUCGAAGCAAGUACCAACCCCAGAUCAACGCAAGCAACAUGGAAGGAGAAGAAGAUGAAGGAUUCGUCGGGUAUGUGCCUUCGACGGUUGAUCCAGGACCAAUAGUCCUGAUGGCCGUCUUGGCCAUUGGUUUUUUCGUUCUCGUGACUUUGCCAUUUGCAGUCAUCUUGGGAGACAAAUUCGAAGAACUGGAGGAUAGAAUCAACGACAAUGUGACAGACAGCGAAGAGCCCGAGUCCAAGAAUGAGAUGAUGGAAGAACAACCAAUUCAGAACAGAGACCCUGACGAGUCCUCUGUUUCGUCCAAACAAUCUGCGUAUUCCGCGAUAUCUAGUGUGAUGAAGGAGGUGCUCGACAAUGCUGGAAGACCGAGGAUAACGGGAGGUGGCUUGAGACACAAGCACCGACAUCGAGCAAGAGUUGAAAGGAAGAGACAGAGCAAGAGUCAAUACUCAACAGAGUUUGAGAUAAAUGCAUUGUGGGAUGAUACCUCGCAGCAAGUGGUGAAGACAGUAGUGAACGCUAAGGGUGAAUACGAGAUUGCGAUUGCCGAAUCCGAUGGAGGAUCCUACUUGGAUGCACCCCCAAUAGGAAAAGAAUACAGUGACUGUGGGCCCGCAAUCAGCGACUGUGGAAAAUCAGAGGUUGGCAUUGAUUGCAAAGUCGCUCUUGAAGGAUACGAGAAACCACUCAAUGAACGGAACGUAUGCUUAAGUGCAAGUGGCUUCUUGGAUGAACUCGCGAGAAUAAUGACGUGGGACAUUGAAACGAGACGCAUUUUCAAGCUUUCUAUUCCAUUCGUUACGCAGGCAAUCUUCACGGGUGCCCUGGACGUUCUCACAGUCGGAGUGAUUGGAAAGCUAGUGGGAACGCAAGAGGUUUCUGCCUGGGUUACAGUCAACUUACUCAUUCAACUUACAACUAAAUUCGUGGGUGGAUUCCACGAAAGCUUGGCAACUUUGUGCAGUCAAGCGAUUGGCAACAACAAGCCAAGACUUGCAGGCAAAUAUGUUCAGAUUGCGGCAGUACUCUACCUUUUUACCUACAUUCCAUUCGCCAUUAUGUGGGUCUUUGUCCUAGAUGAUACGAUCAGAUGGUUUGGAUUUGAUGAGACGACAAUUCGCAUCGGGACAGACUAUGGAUACCUGAUACUGAUUGAUUACUUCGUUGAUGGGUUCUCAGAGUCCAUACAUGCAUUGCUCGAUGUGGCGGGCUUUGAGUCUUAUAGCACGGCGAUUGGGGCUGCUGAAGAACUGAUAGCUUUCAUCGUGAUUCUUCUUUGGGCGCUCUUGGGCAAUCCAACCCUGUUCAUGAUUGGCGUGGUUCAAUUCGGAAUGGGAGGUCUAUUUCUGUCCUUGAACAUAUUCAUAAUAUGGUGGAAAGGAUGGUUCAAGCCCUAUCGAAGCGGUAUGGUAGGAACAUUUGCUCUGAAGGACCGGAAAGCAGUGUGGCUGGUUUUCAGGACGGCCAUGCCUUUGUCUUUUGGUUAUCUGCUAACGGAUGGAGAGUGGGAGAUCCUUACAUUCUUUGCUAGUUAUCUUGGCCCAGCGGAAGUUGUGGCAUGGGGCAUCUUCGGAACAAUCUGGGAUUCCGUUACUCUUCUUGUUGACAGCUUGGCAGAUGCAUCCGAAAUUCGAUGUGCCUUCUUGCUUGGGUCAGGUCAACCUGAUCGUGCCAGACUUUCAGCAUACAAAUCUAUAACAAUCUGCAUAUUUGCUGGUCUUUUCCUCACCUCUGGCCUCUUCAUAUGCGGUGAGGACCUCCCCAGGUGGAUGACCAAUGAUCCUACUUUGCAACAUCUCUUGCGAGACUUGCUACCUAUGUUUGGGUUAGGAAACCUAGCAAUGACAGUGGGUACCAUGUCCUGGACACUUUUGGGCUCUCAGGGCAGAUACAGGCUUGCAACAGUUGUGGUCUUGGUAGUGAGUUGGCUCGUCACCCUGCCUCUGGCUGCGGUGUUCAGCAUUCACUUGAAACUAAACUUGGAGGCACAAACUGCCACGGUGGUCAUCGGAUACAUGUUGUCCGCAGCAAUCCAUAGCUACUACCUCUUCAGAAGCGAUUGGGUAGCUCUUUCGGAGAGUGUAAUGGAUGACAACGGUUCUCGAGCCAGCGACGAUGAGGCGAUGGACGGUGAAACCAAUGAAGAAGGGGCUAGCGAUGCCGGUCGAAAUCGCGAAUCAAACAAUGAAAGCGUAGAGGUUCUUCCAGACAGAGGCAUUCUCCUGGGACCACUUCACGGUAGAGGAGAUUCAUUUUUUACCCAGCAGCAAGGCACAACCAUCAAGGGAGAGUGGAAGGAUUCUAGCAGCGCACAAGACAUUGAGGUGGAACUAGAACUUCAAGCAAGUUGAUCCCUGUUUACAUGGAACCUGAGAGCAAUAAAAUGCAAGAAUUUUGCGCUAGUACCCGAUCUCGGCGGCGGAGAGCUCACAGCUAGGUUUGUCCUCGGUGUCCAUAUUAUGAGGUUGGCAUUUUGAAAGGCAGUUUCACAGGAUGCGGCGGAACGAUGAAUGGACAAAAACUAGCAGGACAGUUUGCAGAUACUAGUAAGCAUGCAGCUUCAGAGGCAUGUUGCGAGGGACUUUAGUAGGCGCGGAUGGAUGUGGCUGAUCAUAGCAUGAUGACAUUGUUGUAAU